UUUCGUAUUACGUUUUACGCUUGCAUUGGCGGAAUCCACCGACUGAGUUUCCGAGUUGUUUUGACAAUUAACCCCGUGCGUUUGUGUGUGUGUUUCUGGAAGUGCCGCGCAUUGUGGGCCUGGUGGACAAAUUAAACCGGGCCAAAACGAUCCGUGGACCACCGUAGGUCACGGUUUUUUGGACCGGAUUCGCCGGGAACCAUCCGUCGAGUGGUUCGUUCGAGUGGUUAGCGGCGUGGCUUAUACUACGGAGACGUGAUCGUGUCCCCGCGGCGAGAGAAACCCCCUGCAAGAGAGCUGAAAACACUUCCGCCGGUGGGGGUUUCGGUUAUAAAUAUUUGUUCGAUUGUGUGAGCCAGGAAAACUUGCGCCGAAGGCAAACAAACAUUCAACCACGCGCCCACCCACCGCCUACACGCGUCGGUAGCACACGGUGUUGAGUGGUAGAAAUAGAGACAUUUGAUGUGAGCUGUGAAACGAAGGUUAGUGACGGUGCUUGAGAGAGAGGGAGAGGCAUAGGCUAGAAGGAAAAAAACAAACGCCCAAAGACGUGUACCGCGUGGGAGGCAAAAGGACGCUGUUUUGCGUGAGAGUGAACGCAACCCCAAAACCAAACCACUUGUGUGUGUAUGUGCCUUUGCCGCUUUUCUCCUUUUCUCUGCCCGCUGAUCGGCCAUUUCCAAUCGAUCCGGAUUGCGCUCGAUUUCUUGUCAGGAGCCAGGUGGUUCCACGCGGCAGAAAAGGGGUUAAAUAAUUUCCCCGAGUAGCCGCCGAUGGCGCCAUCGACACCGCGCCACCGUCUGAGCAACAGCUUGAGUUUAAGUUGUGAAGCGAGGAUAAAAUAAGUAGUAGAAAAAGAAGAAGAAGAAGAAGGAGGAGGAGGAAGUGAAAAAAAAAACCGUCCGGAAAAAGGAGGAAAUUUAAUCAAAAAAUCGGAGCAAAAAUUUUACGUUCGUUGAUUGAUAAAUUGAGUGAUCGUUAGUGCUUAAGUGCCGGGGGCCUGUGUGUGCGUCCAUCUGUGUGCGCGAGUGGGAAACGAAGACCGAAGUGGGUGCAAUUAUUUCCGAAUCAUAUCAUACACCUAUACAGAUAUAGAUAUUUUUCGUCUUCACUUUGUUUUCCACCACCGGGUGCAGCCCGGCUAAAGUGGGGUAAAAGGAGCGGCAAACGAGAGCAAAAGAAAUAAACCCCGCCAGGCGUUACAAAUCAAUCGAGAAGCGCGCGAUCGGGAUCGCGUCAGCGAAGAUAGUAUGCCCGUCGUGGGGUACAUAAAAGUGAAGCAGAUGAUGAUGAUGAUGGUGGUGGUGAUGAUGAUGAUGAUGAUGAUGCUGCCGAAGGUGAUGGUGGUGAUGCUGAAGGAGUGGGAUCCGUAACGAUCGCGGCUCGAUCAUCGCCGGAAUGCAUUGUUGUUCGAUAAUGAAAUCCAAUUAAUUGUAAUUAAUCUCUCCACAAAACGCAUUACAGCCGACUCGUGUAGCGCGUGAAGCAGUGUGGGCGGUGUACCGUUUUCUCUCUCUUGAUCGUGGUUGUGCAGUGAAUUAAAAAAAAAGAAGAAAAGAAAAGAUAAAAAAAAGGGCGCAUUACGGCGCGAGGUGAAAAUUGAAGCAAAAUAAGUGAUUUCCGGUGUGCGUUUCAAAUUGCCGUGCGCGCCGUGUGCGUGCGUGUGUGCGUGCGUGUGCGUGUGUGAAAAGCGAGAAAAAACGAAGGAAAAAUCCUUCCAAACGCCGCACUCUAACGGUGUUGAAUUUGGCUGGCGGGCGGUGUUUUUCCAAACUUGCAGCUGGAGUGGGGCUCUCCCGGCUAAAAGCAAAAAUUCAAUCGGUGCAUGUGUUCUGAAGCAAUAAAAGAAAAGGAGAAGAAGUAAUACAUAUGUGAAUAAAUAAUUUAAUAAGCCAAGCAAACGAAUGCGAUCAUCGGAAAUCGUGAGAAAUACUCGCGGUGUGUAGGGUGGGGGGGCAAAAAAUUACACCCCCUUCCAUUAAUUGUGAAUAAUUGCGUGUUGGUGCGUGUGUGUGUGUGUGUGUGUGCUUGUUUAUUGCGCGCUCAAGCCGGUGUGAGAAAGAAAAAGGAGCAAAUUGAAGCGAAAUUUGUUGAAAACACCCCCACCCCACAGAACACAGAUUACAGCGGAGUGUUGCGUUGCUUUGCUUUUACGAACGGGCAGACAAAUUCAUCAAUCAUGUAUCCAGCACCGGCCCGGCAUCCUUCGGCAUCGGUGAGUGCUUCAAAAUACAUCCCUUCAUAUAUGGGCGGACCGCCUCCCCAGGGGCGACAGUUCACGAUAGCGGAAACGCUGGAACGGAUCAAGGAGGAGUUCAACUUCCUGCAAGCACAGUAUCACGCACUGAAACUCGAGUGUGAUAAACUGGCGAGCGAAAAAACGGAGAUGCAGAGACAUUAUGUUAUGUAUUACGAAAUGUCCUACGGAUUGAACGUAGAGAUGCACAAACAGACCGAAAUUGCCAAACGACUGAACGCGCUCAUCGGACAGCUGCUGCCAUUCUUGGCGACGGAACACCAGCAACAGGUCGCGUCGGCGGUCGAGCGAGCGAAACAGGUCACGAUGCCGGAACUGAACGCCAUCAUCGGUCAACAUCAGCAACAGGGAAUUCAGCAACUUUUACAGCAGAUCCACGCGCAACAGAUCCCCGGCGGACCGCCACAGCCGAUCCCGGGCCUGGGAGCCCUCGCAGGACCACUGACGGCGUUCGGAGGCCCGAUGGGGUUACCGCACGGUGCCCCCCAGAGCAUGCUGAAGGCCCCCCCCGAUCUGCACCGGGAGGACCUUAAGGUGCCGCUCGGUGGACCAUCGGCCGAUGAGCGCAUGCGCAACUCCGUGUCACCUGCCGAUCGGGAAAAGUACCGGCCACGGUCACCCCUCGAGCUGGAGGGUGAAACCAAGCGGCGGAAAGAGGAAAAGCUCAAUCACGACAGUGAUGGUGAGAAAAGUGAUCAGGAUUUAGUGGUGGACGUCGCGAACGAUACGGGUUCACCCUCACCCCGAGCGAACGGCGAUCAUCAGUCGGAUCGGGGCGAUCGGGACAGCAUUGGGUUGAACGGCAGCGAUAAGGCCGGCUCGAGCAGUUUGAAGGGUGCCAACGAUCGACCCCCAUCCCGGUCCGGCUCGAGUUCCUCCCGAUCGACGCCCAGUCUCAAAACGAAAGAUCUCGAUAAACCCGGAACUCCCGGUGCGAAGGCUCGCGUCCCAACGCCCAACUCCUCCACGCCCGGUGUCCCGAAAGCCGUAGUACCUUCACCAGCCGCCGGCUAUCCACCCUCGCCAUAUCAGCGCCCCUCGGAUCCAUACGCCCGGCCCCCGCCCGACCCGUACGGGCGGCCCCCGAUGCCCUUCGAUCCGCACGCCCACGUUCGCACCAACGGCAUCGCAUUGCCCGUUUCGAGCGGCAAACCUGCCUACUCCUACCACAUGAACGGUGAGGGCGCCCCGCAACCGGUCCCAUUUCCGGCGGACGCCCUAUCGGCGCCCGGCAUUCCUCGGCACGCCCGCCAAAUCAACACACUCUCGCACGGUGAGGUGGUGUGCGCGGUCACCAUCUCCAACCCGACCAAGUACGUCUACACCGGUGGCAAGGGUUGCGUGAAGGUGUGGGACAUUUCGCAGCCGGGCAACAAAAGCCCCGUCAGCCAGUUGGACUGUCUGCAGCGAGACAACUACAUCCGCUCGGUGAAGCUGCUGCCGGACGGACGCACGCUCAUCGUCGGUGGUGAAGCGUCGAACCUCUCAAUCUGGGAUCUGGCAAGCCCCACGCCCCGGAUAAAGGCGGAACUGACGUCGGCGGCACCGGCCUGCUACGCUCUCGCCAUCAGCCCCGACUCGAAGGUGUGCUUCUCGUGCUGCAGCGAUGGCAACAUCGCGGUCUGGGAUCUGCACAACCAAACGCUGGUGCGGCAGUUCCAGGGCCACACGGAUGGGGCCUCCUGCAUCGACAUCAGCCCGGAGGGUGGCCGGCUGUGGACGGGCGGGUUGGACAACACGGUGCGCUCCUGGGACCUGCGGGAGGGCCGUCAGCUGCAGCAGCACGACUUCAGCUCACAGAUCUUCUCCCUCGGCUACUGCCCGACUGGCGAUUGGCUAGCGGUCGGAAUGGAAAACUCGCACGUGGAAGUGCUGCACGCCACGAAACAGGACAAGUACCAGCUGCAUCUGCACGAGAGCUGCGUGCUGUCGUUGCGAUUCGCCGCCUGCGGCAAAUGGUUCGUCUCGACCGGUAAGGAUAACCUGCUGAAUGCGUGGCGCACGCCGUACGGGGCCAGCAUCUUCCAGUCCAAGGAAACCUCGUCAGUACUAAGUUGUGAUAUUUCGACCGAUGAUAAGUACAUUGUUACCGGGUCGGGUGAUAAGAAAGCAACGGUGUACGAGGUGAUCUACUAGAGCGAAGCGGAGGCCUAUAAAAAUGCGGCACGAUGCAGCAGAUCGUCCUUCUCCGUUGAGCAAGGGGUUGGGGAGGACUGUACAGAGAAACGAUUCCAAAUCACGGACGAGCGCGCAUGUUUUCGUGCGUGAAGCUUCACAAUGUGUGACUUAUUUUGUGACCGCGCUUCCCGCCAUCUGGAACCAGGGCCCACGGUGACCGGCCUCGCUUAAUACAGUACGGUGGGGGAUGAGCCUGGUGCAAGACGAAAACACACCAUCGAGUGACUUAACAGCGUCGCAGUGGUUCCCGCCGGCAAUGGGAGUUCAAUUCAGGAUGCCCAUCCUUGAGCAUGGAACAUGGAACUCGGGAAUAUCAUGCUGCCCAGGGCAAAAGAAGUGCGUGAAAUCGAGCUGCUGCUAAUGUAAAAAAAAAACAAGGAAACAAACACCUGCAACCAGAACAGGCGGGCAGGAAAAUGGCACUACGAGAGACGUGCCGCCGCUCCCCUUUUGAGCAACCGUUCGUGGGGAAGCGGGAGGGAUAUCUCAGUUAAUUAUUUGUUUUUUAGAUUUCUAAACGUCGUGUAAUAAUAAGCAGCAACAGGCCGAAUGGGCCAACGCGAGGUGAUCGCAUAAUCGAUCGCAAAAGAAAUGGGCCGCGCACCAUGAGUGCGUGUGUGUCUGUAACAGUAGCACGUAAGCAGAGAAGCAGAAUCACAAAGUACAUGAUAAGUAAGCUAUAAGGUGUGGCGGCGAACGUAUGCGGGAUGUGGUAGGUAGCGAAAGAGGAGUACGUUUUGUAUAACGUGCGACACGGUAGCCGCGUCCUGGAAGAAACAACCAAAAACCGUGGCCGCUACCUUUGUAGCACAAGCAUUUGCAGAGAGAGAGAGAGAGAAAAAGAGUAAAAGCAAGCAAACAAAAAAAAUUGGAAGAAAAACAAAACCGCCCCACUGUUGAUGAACCUGGUGUAUAAGCAAACCCAAACCCAAAGUAACUUGCUUCGAAAUGUGCAAAUUUGCAAACGGAUAAAACGCUCUGCCACCUGCCGCUGGUAAAAGCGAAUGGUUUUUGAAUUUGGAUGCUGCAAACACUAUCAGAGAACGCAAAUGGUGUGGAAAUUACGCGAAGCAAAUGGAAAUAAAACGAAAAACUCCAAACAGAGCAACCGGAAAACAGAAAAGAAAGAAAGAAACACAGAACAAAAUGAAUCCCUACCGUGUGUCAAACAAUUAAAGUGAAAGAAAUGAAUAAAAAAAGGCUAACAAAAGACGGUGCGAAAUAGAUGUAAAAAAAAAGGAAAGCAAAUAAAACAAAACAAUCCACACACGCACACAGGCCGAACGCUCCACUGUACAUGAAAUUGAGGUUGCACAUAGCGAAACAAAACUCAGUUGCUUAGUAGAGGAGGAAGCAUGAAUUGCACGUAUUAGUAGUCCUUUUCCUCCCCCAACAAACAAAACCCUAGCUGUGUACAGUAUUUUGAGCCCUAUUCGAGUGGAUUCCCAGCGGUUUCAGCCUACGCAGUGUGGCGGAGGCAGAGGCAGUAUCAAAUCUUAGCGCGCAAUCCAGCGAAUACCCGAACGCAUCGAUGUCCUGUGUGCGCAUCUGUGUAAGAAAAAUGAAGUGAACAACCGCCAAAAAAACAUAUGUGUGUAAUCGAGAAUCAGAUUAGCGACGGUGUAGCAACAGGAAAACAAAACAAAAAUGGAUGAAAAGAUCGUCAACUCAGAACACUUUACAGCCGUGGUGGGGGUAGUGGUUUUGUUUAGUUGUAUAAAAUAAUUAAAUAAAUAAAUUCAGAGCAGAGGCAAAUUGGCGGAGGAGAGCAAUAAGGAUGCGCUGGGAGUUAGGAACUCUCUAUCGCAGGGUGAAUAUAGUUUGAAAGCAAACAGAGAGAGAGCGAGUUUUGAUUGAGCUCACCCGCGGUAUAGUUGUGGGAAGGAUAGAGUUAAAAGAAGAAAAAAAAAACAUUAUAGUUAAUGAGAUUUAUCCUCUCCUUGGCCGCCAUGCUGCUAGGAGUAUGAUUUACGUCUAAGGGCCACCUCUUUGGUUUAGGUAAACGAGUUCUUUCGGCUUUCGGAAACGGGGUUUUUUUAUGUUUUAUACCAAAAUUCGUUCAAUGUAGCAGCCAACACCGCACUAAGUUCAAGUGGCACGAACACCGGAUACGGUGCAGAGGAAACCCCAAACCCCGCUCGGGGGGCAUGGGAGUAAUUUAUUAGAAACAGGAGCAAACCCCCCAUGUAAAUGUUGAAAGCUGUCCGGUCGAACGAUCUAAUCGAGCAAAGGACACCACGCAGAGUGUGUGUGUGAGUGUAGCGUGAGGUAUUUAUUCGUUCCGUAAACUGGCGGCCGGGUUGCAAUGGUUGCGAAUGGCGAAAGUAUCUUCUAAGCUUGUUGCGGCCGCGAGCUGCUGUUGCAAUGCUGGAAUGAUAGCGUUUAAGUUAGAAGCCGCAGGUUGAAAGAAGAUAAAGAAGAAGAAAAAGAAGAAGCGCACUGUGAAGGCAGAACCGGUGAAGUUCAAAUGCGAGAAACGUAUAAAUAUUUUUAGAAAUGGAAAAUUAAAACCUAACCGUGUCCAUGGCCCAUUUGCUUCGUUCGUACCGAAAGAACGCACGGGUACGCAGUCAAGGUAAGUGCAAUGAAGGUCUUGAAAUUGCAUAUGGAUUUUCCUUGUGAACAACAUGCAGUCGAAGAUAGGGAACGGCCAUUAGAACGAAUCAUAUGUUGCUCUGGGAAGGCAAGUGAGAAAACACAACGAACAACGAAAACAGCUCCCUGGGGACACUAACCGCUGAUGAUGACCACAUACAGAGACAGAUAAAAACGAACCGAGAGGACAUCUGGUUUUCACCCUGCCUGGUUGUUUGAUGACCCGAAGCCGACGGAUGACGGCAGUGUCUGCGUCCCGUCGAAGCUGAUUGAUGAGCAAUUAGUAUCGCGUAAACCGCGGUUCUGGUAACCCUUUGCCACUGUAGCCAAUCACUGAUAGCAGCGCGAUCGUGCAACGAUACUUUUGGCGGCCAUGAUAGCCCAUGGUUGCAGCCAUGCAGU